GACCAUGGUAAUAUUGCGACAACGUACAAAAAUCUCGGUGUGGUUUACAGUAAAAUGGGAGAGUACGAAAAGGCAAAAGGUUUUUACGAAAGAGCGAUAAAAAUUCAAACUAAAAUAUUUGGUCCUCAUUAUGUCGAUAUUGCAACAACGUGCAGCAACCUAGGUUGGGUUUACUUUUCUGAAAAACUUUAUGAAAAAGCUCAACGCCUUUACGAACGAGCUUUAGAUAUCCAGACAAAGGUUUUUGGUUAUAGCCAUGGUAACACAGCUACAACGUACAACAACUUAGGCUCAGUUCAUCUCGCCAUGGGAGAAUACGCUAAAGCAAAAGAAUCGAUUGAACAGGCCGUAGAAAUUCAAACUAAAGCUUUUGGUUCUGACCACGUAUAUGUUGCUGCAAUGUACAACAACUUGAAUUUGGUUUACAUGAAAUUGGAAAAGUGCAAUGAAGCAAAAGAUUUGUACAAAAAGACUUUAGAUAUUGGCGAUAAAGCUGAAAUUAUUGAUACAGUUGCAACUUUCAACAACUCAGGCUGUGCUUUUAGUAACUUUAAAGAAUAUGAGAUGUCGAUUCAUAAUAUUGGAAAAGCUUUAGGAAUCGAAACAAAGGUAUUUCCUACAGAUCAGUUCAACAACGCUACAGUCUUGCAAAAUUUGAUUUUCGCUUACGAUGCAACUAAAGAAAAUGACAAAGCUGAAAAUUUGUUGAAACGAGCUUUAAAAUUUGGAAUUGGCAAAUCUUUUUCGUCUGCUGAAGAAAUUACCAAAGAAGUUGAUUCAUGCAACUUUAUCGACAGUAUCAAAUUAUUGCCAGAUUUUGCAACAGAUGAGUUUUUCAAAAGUUCAAUUUUACAUGCUCAAGAAAAAAGAAAACAAGAAAGAGACAUCGACUGUACAAUGAAAGCAAUGGCAGAUUUAGCUCUUACUGUGGACACAUCUGUGGAUGCUGCCACCGAAAUGAAGAAACCUGAAACAUCUCUUGGUGAUGAGGUAGAGGAUGACGACGAAUUCUUUGAGAAGAAUUUUCUUGACGAAGAUUGCGGUAUUCGAGAUGAUGUUCGUAAAUUAUUAAAAAGUUUUCCUUGGAUAUGUGGUGGAUAUGGUGUACGAUGGGAACCCUAUCUAUCUUUGUAUGUGACUGUGGCAGCUGAAAGACAAAAUGAUGAAGAUGCAUUAAGAAAGGAAAUUGAUGAAAAAUUUGGAUGGAAAGCUUCUCGUUACUUUGAAUUUAAACCAGAACCAAAAGAAAAAUCACAGUUUCGAUUGUUGUCAGACCUUAGAGUAGAAAAAAGAGAAAACGGUCCUAAUCCAAUGCGUAAAAAGAAGGACAAAAAAAAGAUUCAUGAAGCAAUGGCAAAAGGUUCUGUCACAAUGUUUUGUAACACAGACAAGAAACACUACGCUUUGACUUGUUUUCACAAUUCAUGCAUCACUGACCGACAAGCCGCUGGUAUCGAAUUUAAUUUUUCGCACAUCUGGGAAGAUAUAAAACAAUUAUGCGAGAGAAUUUCUAGAAGAGAAAUCCCAGAUGAAAAUAGAUAUUAUUACUUUCCGCUUAUGGGUAAAGAAAUAAAACUUGGAGCUCCUUGUUUUCGAUCAUUUAAUGAAAACACUGACAUCAUGGCCAUUGAAGUGAUUGAUUGUAAAAAGAUUACUCGCACCCCUUUCGUAAUCACGGAGACUGAUUGGAAAACAGUUAAAAAUCAACUAAAGAAAGGAAAUGCUAAGGUUCAGAAACGUGUUGGAGGCGCUUUAGGAAAAAUUUUUGACAUUAGCUAUUCAUACUUAUGCAAAGAAACCGGAUGUGACAUCUUCAGCAACGUUAUCACCAUUGAAUGCGAAUGUCCUUUUCUUAAAGAUGGAGAUUCUGGAAUGUUAAUAUAUUUCUACAAUGAAGACACAGAAAAACACAUACCUCUGGGUUAUGGAGUCAGCGAACAUAAAAAAGAUGAUGGAAAAAUUGUCUAUUUAGCAUUUAGAUUGGACGUCGCAUUGAAAAAUCUAAACUUAAAAAAAUGUCGUUGGUACUUGCAGGCAUAAAGAGUGAUCUUGGACUUAUUUAAUGAAGUUUGGAUUGAGAAUAGUUUAUAUUCAUGUUUUUAUUAGUUGCGAAAGUACUUUUUCGUAUUCACAUACAUUGAUUUAGGUUUAUUGUGUUUAUUAAUUACUUAUUUCACUUUGUUUUCUUAUUAUCAUCAUUUUGGUGUCAUUGGUGAAAUGUUCAUUUUCACUGUCACUUGUAUUCAUUAUUCACAUAUUUAAUGCACAAUUUUUGUUAUUAUAAUUUAUAUUUUUCUUCCCAAAUCCAUAAUUUUCUCUGUAAAUUUAUGAUUGGAGUUGAAAUUACGAAAUCUUAAAUGAA